UGUGUGUGUGUGUCAGCAAAAGAGCCACCUGCAGUGCACACAGUCUACCAAAUGUCAGAGCUGAAAUCAUCGCUGCACUGAGAACAUCACAUACCAAUCGGAGACGAGGGAGGUGCGACGGUGCUAAAAAAGCGAGUUUGUAUGAUAGAUUUUCAACAUUUCCAACCUACUCGGGGUCACAGAGCACGAAGGGACACUCCACAAUCAACAAGAGAUACGGGAUGGAAAUGAGGAAUGUUUGUCACUCCGUCUUCCUCCUCCUGGCUGCGCUCACGUCCUUCACGGGCGCAGUGGAGGUGAAAUAUGCUCAACUGGGAGAGCCGGCUACCAUUAGGCCUCCUGGGGAUGAUGGUUUAUCAAAGUGUUACAUGUAUUGGCAGCUAAAAGGCAAGGACCCUCACAUUAAUCCACUUGCCUGGCGCAGCCAUUUAGGCGGAAUGGGGGUAUCUUCAGAUGACCAAUGGAAAGGCAGAUUGUCUUUGUCCGGCGACUCGCUGAUCAUCAAAGACGUACAAGAGACUGACUUCCAGACCAUUGUCUUUGAACGCACUUGUGGUACUAAAACAUCCUCAACUGAAUAUAAACUUCUCAAACUCACAGUGAGUGUGAACCCAUCCUCUGCUCUGCUGCCGGGGGACACGCUGUCUUUGUCCUGCGGCGCAGAGACUCUUCAAGGUCAGAAGGGCCCAGAGAUACAUUGGCUGAAUCCCUGGGGAGAGACAAUUGGAAAAGGUCCUCAACCACUGACUCUGAAAGUAACGAGCCAAGACAGUGGCCAGUGGACUUGUGUUUUUGCAAACGAGAACACGGCCAAAGUUUCUGUCACGGUUUUAGACCUCUCCCCAGCACUUUUACAUCCUCAAUACACAUCUAAAUCCUGGCCUCUCACCGUGCCCUGUUCCCUCUCUGCUAACAUCACGUGGCAACAAAUCAAGAAGGACGUCCAAGAAGUUCACUGGCACUUUGUCCCCAAAUCCGGCUUGAGUCGGAGGCUCUUCUCCCUCUCUCUGGAGGAUCCACCAACCUGGAAGGCGGACCGAAACAGUGAACUAUGCCCUGUACCAGACCCUAAGAAAGGAGACCUGUCUUUGACCAGAAGCCAAGGGAGUGAAGAAGACCAAGGAGAUUAUGUGUGCACCAUGAGAUUUAAAAACGGCGUGUCUCUGAACAGGACUGUGCACGUAGAGGUGCUGCAAAUCACCUCCUCUCUGGGAACAGAGUUCGUCUCUGGCCAGCAGCUCAACUUGACCUGCAGCAUUGGCCACCCGACGCCCUCUGACCUGCAACUGAAGUGGGUUCCGCCCGAACAAUCGUCCCUGUCCUCACUGGCCUCUGACCGUCACCUCGCCCAUUUCACCAUCCCACAAGUGGGGACGGGCGACGGCGGGAAGUGGAGAUGUGAGUUGUGGCGAAGCGACGCGCUGCUGACGUCGGCCGAGAUAACGCUGAAGAUCGAACCCAGAUUGAGUUCAUGGAUGCUGGUGGUCAUUUGUAGUGUCACAGUCAUCGUAAUCCUCCUACUCAUCCUGGCAUUCAUCCUCUACAGACGCAGACAGCAACGGAGGACACACCUCGGGCGUCGAUUCUGCAAAUGCAAAGCCCCCAAACCCAAAGGAUUCUACAGAACAUGAUACAUCUCCAGGAGGGACAUUUUCAAGAGGACACCACAGACAAUUGAGUUUCUGGUUAGAAGAGAUGGAUUUUUCUGACCCAUCCACUAAUCCAUGAAACUGUUGACUCUGUUAAUAAAACAACGUUUAGGUCAGAGACUGGUUUAUCACUGAGACGUAAUUCAGGCUGGUCCAUAUCUGCCAUUUUUGGAUUUGUUUUUAUUUUUCUAAUGUCACAUGUCAUUUCUAUUUCACAUGAUUGCUCUAUGCUUUGUUUAAUCAUAAUUUUAACAUUAUUCUUUGUGAUCAUUGCUGUUGAUACCUGUUUAUGUUAUGCUAUAUUGUAUCCACAUCUUUUUUUAUGACUGAUAAGCAUUGUUCAUUUUUCAGCUUUUUUUCCAAUUAGCAAAUAUAUAAAACAUAGCAUUUGUUGGUAGUAAAUACCCAACUGAGCACUGUUACUUAAUGAAACAAGGUCAUUUUUUGGAUUGAGUGUUGGUGGCCGUCUGACAUGUUUAGGGAUAGAUGAAGGAACAGGGAACAUUGUACCGGGUCUGAGUGGAGCUGGGCACCGCCACAAAGUCAAAAAAUCUGUUUGUGCCAAAGUGAAUUGAUUUUUUUGGUGUAAAAUAAAAUAUCAUUUUUUAUUUGUU